AUGAAACGUAUUUCCGAUACACUUGGUAUUGGAUUGAAUAAGGUGCAAACAACAGUCUCCGAGUACAACCAAACGAAGAUUGUGACUUCACCUAACAGAAGAAGGAACAAACCUGGUGUUGUUGACAAAAUUGAUGAUUUUGACAAGAACGCUAUACGGAGAAAAGUGCAUUCAUUUUGGCAUAAUAAAGAGCUACCGACACUUGCGAAGGUAUUAACCGCUAUAAAUGAAGACAGUACAUUACCAAAUAUGAAGGAAACGUCUUUACGGAUAGUUUUGAAGUGCUUAAAUUUUAAAUUUACAAAACGCCAAAGAAAUAGUAUUUUAACAGAGAGAAAAGACCUUUUAAGUUGGAGAAGAAAAUAUUUAAUUUCAAUUCGUCGUUUUCGUGAAGAAGGUAAACCAAUAUAUUACCUAGAUGAAACUUGGCUCAACACCGGUGAUUGUGUGAGCAAGGUAUGGGUUGACCAAACCGUAACAUCGAGUAGAAUGGCACUCUUGGAAGGUCUAUCUACAGGCCCCCAAAACCCAACUGGCAAAGGUACCAGGUUAAUUGUUCUACACAUUGGGUCUGCAGCUGGUUUCGUGCCGAGUGGUCUGUUGUGUUUCCAGUCAAAAAAAAAUUCAUCGGAUUAUCACGACGAAAUGACUGGUAAAACAUUUCAAGAAUGGUUCGAGGAAAUAUUGCCACUUCUAGAAGACAAUGCCGUGAUUGUGUUAGAUAAUGCUCCAUAUCACUCCGUGAAAAAAGAAAAAACUCCUACGACUAGUUGGAGAAAGGCACAGAUAGUCGAAUGGCUGGAGUCUAAAGGCGAAGAAAUCGACCCUAACCAACUUACCAAAAAUGAUCUAGAAAUCGUCGACCGUUUAAAACCAAGAUAUAAUGCAUACAUAAUUGACGAGAUGGCCAAAGAUGCUGGAAAGAUGGUUCUGAGACUGCCACCUUACCAUUGCGAGCUAAAUCCCAUUGAAUUGGUUUGGUCAAUGGUGAAGUCAUAUGUGAAAUCCAACAACACUACAUACAAGACCAUCGAUGUCAAACAUCUGCUUCACCAAGCCAUUGACAGGGUAAAACCAGAAGAUUGGCAGUCUUUCAUAAGACACGUGAAGGACGAGGAACAGAAGUUUUGGGAUGUUGACUUCAUUUGCAACGAGAUGACAGAUGAACUCCUGCCGGAUCCGCGUCAUAUCCUAUCAAUUGGUGAAUCGACAGACGAAGACAAUUUAUUUGAAUAA